AUGUAUCAUAAAGAUGGACCUUUUGAUGUCUACUGCGAUAUGAUGAUAGAUGGGAAAUGGAUGGUUAUACAAAGAAGGUUAGAUGGAACAACAGAUUUCUACAGAAAUUGGAAAGACUAUAAACAAGGUUUUGGAAAUGUCAACUGUGAAUACUGGUUAGGUAAUGAUAAUUUGCAUAAUAUCCUGUCUACAAAAGACUACAAACUCAGAAUUGACCUUCAGGAUUGGAACAAUGAGACAAGAUACGCUGAGUAUGACACAUUCUUUAUUGGAAAUGAAACGACAAACUAUGUACUCACUAUUGGCAACUGUAGUGGAAAUGUCGGAGACAGCAUAUUAUCCCCUACUCGAGAAGAGUGCAACUUAAAUGGAAUGGCUUUCUCUACUUGGGACAAUGACAACGAUAAUGAACUAGAUAAUUGCGCUUUAGACUCAGAACACGCUGGUUGGUGGUUCAAUGGUUGCACAGAAACAAAUCUUAACGGCAUUUACUACAAUGGUGGCGUGGUUAACAGAGAUGGAAUGUAUUGGAAAGCGUGGUACAGUUCUGAUUAUUCACUUAAAACAGUUACUAUGAAAAUCAGACCAAAACUUUAAAAACGUAUAGAGAUUGAUUAAUGACAACAAGACACAUAUAUACUGAAUCGAUCUUUUCAAUUAGGGAAUAGUUGUUUUACUGAUUAUUAUUUUUUUUUUGCAUUUGAAUAUGUCUUAACAUUUGCCAAUCUCCCUUAUCUUAAUACAUUUCUAUUAGGGAAAUUCAAUUGUUGAGGAGCAUUUAAUUUACACUUAUUUCUAGUCGAAUAUUCAAAUUACUUGUAUACAA